UCUGCGCACGAGGCAAUAACUCAUUGUGCGUCCGCGUGCGCGUUGCUGAGUCAGGCGCGAGCCCUGUCAUUUCAGUGCGCUCGCUUCCGCGUCUCGCGCCCUCAGAGAAUCCAGCUGUUGUUCCACGAGACUUUGUUUUAUUCAGACGUCAUUCCGCCGCUGGAGUUACGUGUCCGCGCCGUCACCAACCGUUUAGCGCAGUGAGCAGUGCUGCUGUUUACGCCGUUCCUUCGCCUCCCCGCGGUCUCGGGACUGUGCCGCGUGAAUGAAAAAACCUUCGAAGACAUGAGACGGACUCGUGAGAGAGCCCCGAGCCGCAAACGAGCGCCCGGGGCCGGAUCCAGAUGAGCGGCAGGACCGGAGCAGCAGAGCCGCGGCUCACUGCAGAACACUGCAGCGUGGCGAGGAGCGAACACAGACCGUGAGAGCGGCAGAGCGCGGCAGAGCCACACGGACCGCAACAUGUCUCUGCAGAUCAUAGGCUUGGGCAGUGAGUGUGCGUCUGGUGCUUCCACAGAUGAGCUGAUGAGUCAGGGCCAGCUGCAGGGGGCGCUGUUGUGGAGUUACCUUGGCCCUGGGGCCGUGGGGGCGCCAGAGAGCACACUGCACCCACCCUUCAUGGAGUACACUGCCCGAGUGUUCGAUGAUGUCAAUGUGCUGGUGCGGGACUGUCCUGACUGGGAGUUGCUGGAGAGUGAGUGGUCUUCGGUGCGUAAGGCCGUUGAGAAGGCAGACAUCUUGGUCCUGAAAUACUCAGUCUCAGAUAAACAGACGUUCCAGUGGCUCCGCGGUGUGUUUGGACCCCGCCUCCGGCCGCUAGUGCGCCACUGUGGGGUCCCUGUGGUGCUAGUGGCAGUGGGUGCAAGGCUCAACGAUGAAGGCCCUCCCUGUACUUGUCCUCUGUGCGCCUCAGAUUGGAGACUCUGUGUGCCUCACUCUGAGGGUCUGGCUCUGUCCCGGGAGCUGGGAGCCACAUACCUCGAGCUCCCCUCCCUCAACCACGUGUUUGUGGGACGCUACUUCGGCAGUGUGCUCGAGUACUUCAUGAUUCAGUGUCUGAAACACAAAGCCAAAGAUCGUCACGAGAAACGCCGAGGAAACAAACUCCAUGAACUCAGACCCCCGCACCUCGAGCAGCCAGCCCGCCUCCCUCCCAUCCGUGUGGAGGAGUCGACGUUCUGUCAGGACUUACAGUGGUUGUUGGAACGUGGCGUGCAGUUCGCUGAUGUGGCGUUCUUCAGCUCAGACUCGGGUCAGGAGCUCGGCUGGGGUCAUGCAGCUGUGCUCUGUGCUGCCAGCCCCUACUUCAGAUCACUCCUACUAGGACCCAAGACCAGGGAACGGCCUCAGUCUAGGUGCGUGUGCAGAGACUCUGCCCCUCAUGCCCUCCGAGACCCCGCCCCCCACUCGCUGAUGUCGUGUGAGGCUGCCAUUGUGGAGGACACGCCUCCUCGACAGACGGACGCGCUCCUCAGCUCCGCUCGCCUGUCCAGACUCGUGGUCAAAGAUCCUCUGCUGUGUGUGUGUCUAUGGGAGACACUCAUGUUUAUAUACAGAGGUGCAUGGGAGUGGGAGCACCUACAGGAGGCGCUAGAGGAGAAGCUCAAGAACCCUCUGGCUGUGGCUCAACUUCUUGAGAGAAUCAGAUCUCUGCUGGGGCUAGACUGGAGUCUUCGGGACACUCCCAGCGCUCGUGCAGCUCAGCUCGGACCCCAGACUCUGGUCAAUCUGUUCAACUCUCCCCUGUACUCUGACGUCAUCUUUAUGGUACAAGGCAGCGUGCUCCCGGCGCACAGGGCAGUGCUCGUUGCUCGCUGCGAUGUCAUGGCGGCCAUGUUUAGUGGCAAAUACGCUGAAGCACGCAGCCGUGUGGUGCCGAUCCAUGGCGUAUCCUCUGACACUUUUCUGUCCUUCCUCGAGUACCUCUACACUGACUCCUGCUGUCCGGCCUCGGUGCUUCAGGCCAUGGCGGUGCUCGUCUGCGCAGAGAUGUACCAGGUGAAGCGUCUGCAGCACCUGUGUGAGGUGUGUGUCUGCGCAUACCUACAGAGCAUGCCCAGUCGAGAGCUGGCAUCUACGGGCAUCAGUGUAGUCCGACUGCUGAGGAGAGCCAAGUGUCAUAACGCAGAGCAGUUGUACGUGUGGCUGCUCCACUUCAUCGCUAAUAACUACCUGAUCUUCAGUCACAAACCCGACUUCCUGGAGCUCUCGGAGGAGGAACGGGACACCGUGGAGCGGCUGCGGUGGCCGUCCAGAGGAUACCUGCAGGAGCUCAGCGAGUAUCAACAGAAGAGACGCAAACUGCGCAAGUCCAGAUGUGCAGUGAUGUGAACUCUAACCUCCUCAUGUGACCUCCGACCUUCUCAUGUGACCUCUGACCUCAUCAUGUGACCUCUGACCUCAUUAUGUGACCUCUGACCUCCUCAUGUGACCACUGACCUCAAUGUGUGACCUGUGACCUCUUCAUGUGACCUCUGACUUCUUCAUGUGACCACUGCCCUCCUCAUGGGACCUGUAACCUCCCCAUGUGACCUCUAAUCUCAUCAUGUGACAUGUGACAUCACCACGAGGCGGACCAAUCAGCCGUGAGCGCCGAGAUCAGCUGAUCCAGGACACUGAGGUCAUGUGACUCAAUCGCUGCAAAAAAUGAAAAUCCAGUUAUCAACGUUUAAACGACUUGAAUUCAGGAUAUUUUUCAACAGUUUAAGAUUACAUUUUUUAUCAAGUUGAAAUUUUUUGAACAAAUUUUGACAAGGAAUUUCAAUUUACAAUUUGAAAUUUCAAAAACACAUAUUUGUCCACAGAAACUACUGUCAAAAAUGCAACAAACACUCUAAAGGCGUAGCAGCUAAAUAUGUCCAAGCAAGUAAGAAUUAAAGCUGCACUGUGUAACUUUUCUGAUGCAGGGUCUACUUGUCUCCAAAGAGAUGUUAUUGCUUUGCCUGAAAUGUUCCACAGUAUGACAUUAAACUGAUCUAUCUCCAUGGAGACAAGCAAGACAAGUGAGACCGCUCACAGUGAGAGUGCAUGUGCUACAGUGUUUGAGCAAUGAUGUAGUAGAAAGGUUUAAUGCUGCAUUGUGGAACAUUUCAGCCAACAAAUUUAAGUCUCUGUACCAGAUUUUGACUGUCUUAAAAAGGUGAAAAACAGAACUAUGAACUAGUUCAUUUUUUUUAACCGGUUUACACCAAAGUUAUUCCUCACUUACCUUAUGCAUUCUGAACAUCCUAGUUAUUAACCACCAUGAGUUUAUAAGCACUUUUCAUAACUUUCAAAGAGCAGAGCGGAGUUUUGCCAUCACGGUAAUGCUAACAAAAACUAGCAUGCUAAAGCACACGUCCUGAUUCUCUGACAAUAGAACACUUUAUAAUGAGAUGCAGACAGGACACAGCAGACUUGUUUUGACCUCAAGAGCUGUUCAUACAAAAUAUCUGUACUGAGGAGAGACAAUAAUGUGAAAUCAAGCCAUUUAAACAUGAGGAGAUGUUCAGUUUUUGCAGUGAAGGAGGGAAUGACGUGUCAGCUCUGAGCAGAGGGACACAGGGACCUGCUGUUUCUGUUCCUUUGGGCAAUACACUGUUGCGACUGUGGAAUCGUACCAGCAGCUCAGACCUGGAGCAGCUCUGAGGACGAAGUGACUUAAACUGUCUACAUUAUUCAAACUUAAACUCAAACAUAUCUGUGUAACAUAUCUGAGCGACAUGAUUGGUCCAGACGGGUCAUGUGACUUCAGGUGAAUCAGGAAGUACAUGACUGACCUGUAGGGGGCGUACAGUGGCACUGGUGCUGCGCUCAGAAUCUCACUCAUGAGCUAUGGUUUUGUUAUUAUGAAGCAGUAUUGUACUUUGAAAGAUUUUAAACCUGAUGCCCUCCCUGUUGUGACUAAAGUGAGGGUUGUUAGUGUCUUGCUCAGAGACACAAAGACACUAUUAGAGAAAAUUUUAACUGGCUUGGGCUGCAACUAAUAGAGGUGGGUAAUUAUGUUUACUUGAAUAACUUUUCAAAGAACUUGUACUUUUCAGAGUACUUUUCUAGCAGCAUAGUUUUACUCCUAUUUGAGUAAUGUUUUUAAUGAAGUAACAGUACUCUUACUUGAGUAAAAGUUGUGGUUCCUCUUUAAGUGACUUGAACUUUAUGUCGACAAUAUGAAAUGAUUUUAACAUUUGUGUUUCUUGCUCCUUCAGAUAUGAUUUAGUUUGGAUCAUUUUUGUGUCUGUUUGAAAAUAACACAUUUUGUGAUUUAUUUCAUGUUUUGUCACAUUCACCAAAAUUUUAAAACAGAUGUUACGUCACGUUCAGCUACUCCUUAACUUUCAAAGUACUUUUUUACUCAUCUUGGACCACUACUUUGUACGUCUACGUAAAGAGGGGCUAUUCUGCAAAUGUUAUAACCAUGUUAUAACGUUGUUUCUUUAUCAAAAACAUGCCUGAAGAGGUUUUAGAUGUCAUCCGUGCAUGUUUGAGUAAUCUAGUGAUCUCUCUUGGGCCCUAUUUGAACCCUCAGGAUUACGAGUCUGUACAAGGCUUCACCCACAAGCCUACUUCACCCAUGCUCCACACGACAAUUCUCCAUAAAUAUACAAAAACAUGAUAACUUGACAAACUUGAUGUAUGAUAGUGCUCUGAAGGGGGAGUAACUUGGCAAAGGGAGCAAAGGGAGAGGGGACUCAGAGUGUCAAAAACAAAAGUGAAACUUAUAAAACAUGGUAACACAUUGUUUUGAGUGAAUAUAGCAUUUUUAAAACAAAAGUCAACAUGGUGAUCUAA